UUAUUGUCGGUAAAGAUGUUUAACUCUGCAGCUGUUUUAUGACACCAGCGUCAGGAGUUCAUGACGUCAGCUCUUUAUGGGGUCCACCCUCCAGUUUGACUCCUCAGAAACGUUAGUUUUGGUCGUGACUUCUAUUUCCGUGCGCUCGAUGACUUUCACUCGUCUCACAAUGUCCGGAGAGUUCAGAUCUUCAGCCUUUGUUUUUGCCUUGAUUGUCUACGGUGUUAUUAAAUCCACAGGGGCGCAGGCACCAACUACUUCUCCAGCUCCGACUCCUUGUGCCUUGAGAUCCAACACCAGUUGUGCUGAAUGCCUGCAGAACGUGACAUGUUUGUGGUGCACACCAACCAAACAAUGUGUGGACUACCCAGUGAGGAACAUCUUGCCCCCCAGCAGUGUCUGUCCGUUGAAUGACGCACGAUGGGGGUUGUGUUGGGUAAACUUCCAGAUUUUGAUCAUCACUAUGUCAGUGCUGGGUGGCAUCAUCAUCAUCACCAUUCUUGUUUGCUGCUUUUGCUGCUGCAAGUGUGAAAGAAUUGGGAACAAGAAAGAAGAUGCAAAGGUGGAGCGACAAACCCGGGCCAGAAAGAGCCGUCAGAAAGCAAGGAAAACAGAAAUGCAGCUGAGACAUGAUGAAAUCAGGCAGAAAUAUGGUAUGGCAAAGGAUAAUCCAUACGCCCGUAUGGAUGAUCACUGAGAAGAAUCUCAGCGAUAAUUCCUUU